AGUUGAAAAAUGGCGAGACAUAUUCGUCACCGAACCUGGGUGUUGGAAAGUAUUGUGGCACUUCCAUUCCUGUUCUGCCUGAUACAUCUAGCAACCAUCUCUAUGUCAAAUAUCCUAAUCUUCCACAAGCCAGGCUGUACCCGUGAGUAUGUAGAACUGAGAGACGGGGGCACUGAGACCUCGUAUCUGAUGGGAGGCAAGAGACACUGUUACACAACUCCUUCCUUCAAAAUCACUAGUGGAAACAUGCUUUGGAUAAAAUUCUUCACUGACGAGGAAGCCACUAUGGAUGGAUUCAGGAUUAAGGUUUCGCUGAAUCUAUGUGGAGGCACUUUCUACACCCCCAACACGGGGCUGAUAGAAUCGCCCAACUACCCCGAGAAUUAUCCUCGAAACACCUCAUGCCAGUGGCGACUACUGGCCCCAGGCAGUCACUCGUUUAGUUUACGUGUGCCUCAGCUCAAUCUGCCUGGCUUCCGAACCGUCAACUGCGACCGAGCACCUGACAAACUCAAGGUCUUGUGGAAUGUGCCUGAUUUGGCUGAUAGGAGUCGGUUUGUGAUUG